CACUUUGUUAUUAAGUGAAAAUCGUUUGAAGUCACUCACUGGAAACUAGGGAACAAAUGCUGUGAUUGACUGCCUUUAGUUACCGCAGCGACGACUUUUCAUAGAUUUUUAUAACAGUCGACUUAAUUUACCUUUUCCGACCAUGACGACAGCCGGCGAGCCCUUGGAAAUCAACAGCCACGAGUUGGUUCACCUCCUUAGGGAGCGCACCUCCACCAGCUGCGUGGUCCUGGACUGCAGACCCUUCUUGGACUUUUCCCUGGCGCACGUCAGUGAGUCCCGCAACGUCAACUGGAACUCGAUGCUGCGACGCAGGUCUAAGGGCGCCGAGGUGGCCCUGGACUGGCUCAUCCCGGACAAGGAGCUGCUGGGGAGGCUGCGGCGCGGGGAGCUCAGCCCACCGGCGUCGGUGGUCGUGGUAGUGAUGGAUGAGGCCAGCCGCUCCGUGGACGAGCUCAAGGCGGAAAGCGUGGCUCACAUGCUGCUCGCGGCCCUGCGAAACGAACUCAGCACGCAAAUUUACUUCCUGCAAGGUGGAUUUCAAGCAUUUUCAGAGGCCUGCCCAGAGCUAUGUUACAGCAAAACACUCACCGCAGUUGAACCAGAGCCACCAAUCAGCUUGGGCCGGAAGACACCUGCAUACGAUCAGGACGGCCCAGUAGAGCUGUUGCCCUUCUUGUUUUUGGGCAGCGCCAUACACGCGUCCCGCCAGGAGACCCUCGCAUCAGCCGGCAUCACAGCCGUGCUCAAUGUGUCAUCCUCAUGUCCCAACUUCUUCGAGGGGGAGUUUCAGUACCUGCGCCUUACCGUGGAGGAUAACCUGGCCGCGGACAUCCGAGCCUGCUUCUCAACAGCCAUCGCCUUUAUUGAUGCUGUGAAGCAGAGCGGGGGCCGUGUGCUGGUGCACUGCCAGGCAGGCAUCUCUCGCUCGGCCACCAUCUGCCUGGCCUACCUCAUGCACACUCGGCGAGUUCGUCUGGAUGAGGCCUUCGACUUUGUGAAGCAGCGGCGUCAGGUCAUUUCCCCUAACCUGGCUUUCCUGGGACAGCUGCUGCAGUUUGAGACGGACGUGCUGUGUCAGGGCUGACGUCAUACGAGUCAUAGAGUAUAUCAGAUAUGAAAGGCGUAUCAAAAAAGUCCCAGGACUGCUAAAAAAAUCUAAUUGAAACUACAAGUUUUUCCCUUGGAAAAUAAUCACUUUGGAGUCAUUUCCAGGAAGUGCCAGGAAGUGUAGGAUGCUCAGGGUGGGUGAAGUAGCCUCAAUUCAUCUUGCUCUAACGCCCUCCCCAUCUCAUGCACUGAAUGAAGCAAAGACUGCAAUAUCUACAAGGUAUUUGUAUGCCCACAGUGAAGGGGAAAACUUACAGUUUGUAGUUCAGGUUUGAAAUCUAUCUGAAACCAAUGCCUGAACUUUUCUGACUCCCUACAUCUAUUUUUCUGCUGUUGGUGUAGAGCAUGUUCGAUGCAGUGGUGCUGGCGUCACUGCAUAAUCAUAUGAGACAACACUGUGUUGGCAAAGAUUCACGUACACAAUCUUUUUCAUGUAUUUCUACUGGAUAUGAUAGGACAGUUUUUUUGACAUGCCUGUCAGUAAAUGCACUUUGUUCAUGCAGAAAAUGGCUGCUGAUCAUUUUUUAGUCCGAAAAACUGUGCUGGAGAACACAUUCAGUCUUGUUUUUAUUUGAUGCAUCGAAUUUAAAUAACAGUUGGCACUGUGAAUACUGACUGACUGACUACAUUUAUGACAUUCUAAUAACAGGAUUUUAAAAUACUUUUUUGUA